CUGGCUAAUCGCCUUUCUCCUCCGCGCGCUCCGCCUCGACUUGUACUUUAGUUCAGUAAACACUUGGUGGUGAAACCCAAACUUCCUGCGGAGGAACGGCUCUUUAAUGAACUGGUUUUGUUUGGUCUGGUGACGUAACGGUCCGGCGAUAAAGCCCGGAACACGCGCGCAACGGGCGCGCGUUGUACAGCGGGGUCGCGCGUAAUGAAGGACAGCGCGCGGCGCACUGGACUUUUGUUCUCGCCCUCGAAAAGCCGAACAUGCGCUUUAACCUUUAACCCCCCCCCUGGAGGAGCACCCCCCGGAGACAUGCCUACAUGACGCGUCUUGGGACCGCACGGGCUCCGAGGCGAUGCCCGCCAACUUCUCCUCCUUCCCGGACCCGGAACCCGGGGCUUCCUCCGGCCUGGGCCCGGGCACCCCCGGGGCCCCGCACGACUGGCCAGCGCUCCUGUUUGGGGUGCUGCUGAUCGUGGUGACGGUGUGUGGGAACGUGCUGGUGUGCGUAAGCGUGCACAUGGAGAAGGCCCUGAAGACCACCACCAACUACUUCAUCGUGAGCCUGGCGGUGGCCGACCUCAUGCUGGCGGUGCUCGUGCUGCCGCUCUUCGUGUACUCCGAGUUCCAGGGGGGGCUGUGGUCCCUGGACAUGGGGGUGUGUGACGGGCUGAUGACGAUGGACGUGUUGCUGUGCACCGCCUCCAUCUUCAACCUCUGCGCCAUCAGCGUCGACAGGUUCAUCGCCGUGUCCGUGCCGCUCAACUACAACCGGCGGCACGUGGACCAGCGGCAGACGGGGCUGCUGGCCGCCACCUGGCUGCUGGCCCUCGCCGUGGCCUCGCCCGUCAUGUUCGGGGUCAACGACGUGCCGGGCCGCGACCCCAGCGAGUGCAAGCUGGAGAACGACGACUACGUGCUGUACUCCUCCGUCUGCUCCUUCUUCAUCCCCUGCCCCAUCAUGCUGCUGCUGUACUGCGCCAUGUUCCGCGGCCUGCGGCAGUGGGAGGAGGCGCGCCGCCUCAAGCUGAGGAGCAGCAUCCAGGCCUGCAGGAGGCUGCAGGAGGCCGCCGCCACCCUGCCGCCGCUGGCCUCGCUGCCGCCCCCGCUGCCCCCCUUCAUAGAGCGUGACCCCCCCGAGGGCGAGGAGGCGGGGCUGCGCCGGCCCUCCGCCGACCUCAGGGCGGGGCCGGCCGGGACCCUCUCCCAGGUCCGCCUCGCCGCCGACCCCAACAAGAAGAAGAGGGCCAAGAUCAACGGGCGCGAGCGCAAGGCCAUGAGGGUGCUGCCCGUGGUGGUCGGAACCUUCCUGUUCUGCUGGACCCCGUUCUUUGUGGUGCACACCAUGCGAGCCCGCUGCUCCACCUGCUACGUCCCUCCCGGCCUGAUGAGCGUGGUGACGUGGCUGGGCUACGUCAACAGCGCCCUCAACCCCGUCAUCUACACCGUCUUCAACACCGAGUUCAGGAAGUUCUUCAAGAAGUGUUUCCACAGGUGCUGCAUGUAGCCAGGACCAGGUCUGACCAGGGACCAGGUCUGACUCAGGGACCAGGUCUGACUCAGGACCAGGUCUGACCAGGGACCAGGUCUGACCAGGGACCAGGUCU